AAUCAGCCAGCCGCUCGCUUCGCACUGUUCUUGAUCGACUUGUGCAGUGGGAACUCACCUGGAAUGAUGCCAUUGCUCUGGACCCUACACGUUGAUCAGCUUCUGGGGUUCCGCACGAUCGUCGCUCGUCAGUCACCCGCCACAUUGCAGUGCACAGCAGAAGGCGGGCCGUUGCUACUUAACCCCUUGCGUCUGCCAUGAGCCCCCCAGGCUCCCACUAUGAAGCGGAGGACUGGCCUCUUCCGCUAUCCGUGUCUCGACCAGAAAGCACAAUCUCUUCUUCUACCAACUCUUCCACUCCUAGCUUUGGCACCUCGCCUCCAUACCCUCCUCCCCUCAGUCGCACUGCAUCCUCGAUCGGGUCCCGGUCGAGACAGGCUUCGUGCUUCUCCUUGUACGACGGCAUUUGCCGCCUACCACUAAAUAGUUCCGUGACCAUAUCCUUCGUCCGGAGUAACAAGCUCUUUAAAUUACGUUACACCUACAUCGAUAUCCGCAAAGAUGCCACGGGCAGUUUAAAAUGUCUUGAAUUGGGUGGGGGGCCGGGUCAACAGACCCCUUUAGUUCACACGUUCAACGACACGAAGCUUCCAGUUCCUCACCUCGAGCAUCCUAAACUCCCGAAUGAGCCAUCGCUUCGCAUCUCCUUUAUGGAAGAACAAACUGUUCAAUCAGCCCAAACAGUAUUUCUGACGCAGAUUUCCUAUACCUUUGAAGAAUGGAGGGAUUGCGUGCAAUUUCAGGAACUAAUCCUGGGCUCGAGAUUGGUCUUCAUUGCGGGCAUUGCAGAGGCUAAAUCAAAAGGAAGAGGAGAGGAGUGCAUAAGCCAGAACCUACGCAUCCUACGUGGUCAUAACGGGAAACAAGUCCUUUUAUUUUUUGCCAACUCACAGCGAAAAGAAUUGAAGCGCUAUGUGUCCAUACCGGUUACCUGCAUCGGCAGCUUUAAUCCGGGAAAAAAGGCGGGAAAGCCAGUGGUUCUCCAGUUACAACCCAACUUCGACAUCCUUUCGGAGAUGAAGACGUUAUCCAUCCAGUUUCUCGAUGACUCGGACCGGAAAGAAUUCUGCCAGUUUCUAACAGAGCACACCACAUAAUAAUACCCCCAUAGAUUCAGAUACGAUACCCAUUGCAACGGACUGAAGUUGGCACGCAUCUAAUACAUCGUGGAGCGAUUCUGAUUACUCAAAAUUGCAGCAGGAGUUCGGGUGGCGUUGGCGAGGUACUCUGCACUUUUGUUUUCCGCCUCGAGCCAGUCGCUCAGUACUAUACCCCUAU